UGGAUUUUAACUGUUGCAAUUGUACUAGCCACUUUAUCACAACAUCCACAGCUCCAGCACCCCCCACCCACAGGCUGCAAAAGGAUGGACUGAGAACAGGCCCGACCUGGCUCUGACCCAGGGGACGGGGGCGGGGCCGGGGGUGUGUGUGGACGUGCCCUGCAGGGGGCGGUGCUAGAAGCGCUGGCUGGGGUGGGACCGGUCAAAGCUCCGCCCUUCUGAUGAAUAUGUAGCGUCGUGUCCAUUGUUGAAGGUGGGCCAUGUGCGGGGCAUGACCCACCCCCUCAUGAAUAUGCAGUGAGCUACGCGCUGUGCGUGCCGGCUGUGGGGCGCACGGUGCGGCGUGUGCGUGCUGACGUUGUGCGCUGUGUGGGGCUGAUUGCUGCAGCGAGGUGUCAGUCUGAUGAAGAUUGGCAUUCAGGGUCACCAGCUUCCUUCCUCAUGAUGCAAACAUUCUUCCAGCUUCCCUUGAAACCAUGAUGGCAACACAGUCAAUUCCCCUUGAUUCAUACCCAGAGCAGCCGAUGCCAGUCAUACCCCAGAUGUCCAGCAACACUGAAGCAGGUCCAAGCUGCCCCAAGGCCGACCCUGAUGCCUCAAGCCCUGUCCCUGCUGAGUGUCAGACAUCUAUGGAAGCUGACAAAGGAGCCAUUUACAGACAUCCUCUGUUUCCACUCUUGGCUCUCCUGUUUGAGAAAUGUGAGCAGUCGACACAAGGCUCUGAGUGCAUCACCUCGGCAAGCUUUGACGUAGAUAUUGAAAACUUUGUUCGCAAGCAGGAAAAGGAAGGGAAGCCAUUUUUCAGUGAAGAUCCAGAAAUCGAUAACCUGAUGGUGAAAGCAAUCCAAGUGUUACGUAUUCAUCUGUUGGAGUUGGAAAAAGUUAAUGAUCUCUGCAAAGAUUUUUGUAACCGUUACAUUGCUUGUCUGAAAACCAAAAUGAACAGCGAAAACCUAUUAAGCAGUGAUCCAGGAGGUCCUUAUGCAUCUGUUCAAACACAGCUUCCUGUACAGAACACAACCAUCACCACCUUACCUGGCACCAUCAGUCCUCAGGGCAUUGUCGUUCCUGCCUCAGCUUUGCAGCAGGGAAAUGUCACAGUGACGACAGUGAACCCCACUCAAGUUGUAACAGGUGGUGGGGCUGUUUAUCAGCCUGUUACUGUGGUUACGCCUCAAGGCCAGGUAGUGACGCAAACGCAUGGCACAAUACGUAUCCAGAAUGCACAGCUGCAGCUGCAACUAAAUCAAGAUGUGAAUGUCUUGCAUCAAGACAGUGAGAAUUCUCCAAAAAACAAACGAGGAGUCUUGCCAAAGCAAGCUACUAAUAUCAUGAGAUCCUGGCUGUUCCAGCACAUUGCGCAUCCUUAUCCCACAGAAGAUGAGAAAAGGCAAAUAGCUGGUCAGACUAACCUUACCCUCCUCCAGGUCAACAACUGGUUUAUCAAUGCUCGCCGGCGGAUUUUACAGCCCAUGCUCGAUGCUAGUAAUCCAGACACUCCACCCAAGGCCAAGAAGAUCAAGACCCAAAGUCGCCCAGUGCAGCGAUUCUGGCCAGAUUCAAUUGCUGCAGGGGUAGCUCAGCAACAUGUAACCAGUAUUACAGUGUCAGACAGUGCGAUGGUCUCAAUAUCAAGUCCAGUGAAUGUGAAUGUGGACAGUCUGCAGUCUUUGUCGUCUGAUGGAGCAACACUGGCUGUACAGCAGGUCAUGAUGGCCGGACAGAGUGGAGAGGAUUCUGGCAACAGUGUCGAGGAAGAUGACAGUGAUCUGUCUGCAACAAACAUUAGUGGCCUGGCCUUAGACAACAGCGACUCACUGCAGUAGGCCCAACACACAGAGAAGCCAUGGAAGGACUGGCCAUGUAUUUUUAUUCUUUGCACUCAGUGCAUUUUAUUUCUGACGUAUUUUAUAUAUAGGUAGGAGAGCGCACUUUUCUAUCUCACCUUGUAUUGAAUGAAUGGGGCUCUAAAUACUCUCACAUUGAACUAGCUAUUUUAAUGUGGACAGACAGUAAACUUAUUUCACCGAAUCGAUGUGCAGACUGAAUCAGAAGUGUUUCAACUUCAUGUGUGGUUGGUCUGUUUUAUCCAUUUAGAAAUAACUGGCCAUAAUUUUAAAGGUGAUUUGAAGAAACUCUUUACCUAGUUCUCCAACUGACAAAAGAAUUAUUGGAUCAAAUCCUGCUUUUUUUUUAUUUUAGUUGAUGAAUUUUAUCGUCAACAGCGUUUUGCAGUGAACACCAAGUUUAGUUUGAUUAAACUAUGGGUUUCGGAUUGGACUGAACCAAACUUCAGGUAGGCACAAAAAAAACAUCUUGGGUCAGGGUUAAUAUUUUGACAGUUGCCACUGACAGUGCCAGCUGGAGAGGAAUUCUGGUCAGAGUCUGGUGCUAAGUAGCUGUAAACUGCGUUCACAUUGUACAAUAAUGAUAAGCUAUGUUAUUAAUGCAUUUUCUCUCCGUUUCCUGGGUUAGUAUAGGAGCACAAUGAGCAAUCUUUGACUGUCAGACUGUUGUCCCCAAUUUUGUGCAACUCCAAAUGAAGCAAAAGCUCACAAUGUCUACAUUUCCUUUUGCCUCAACACUUUGCUGACUGCCAAGACUGAAAAAACUGGAGCUCCACAAUCACAAUCACUAAUGAAGGGAAGUGGGGAGGAGUGGGGAAGCAAAUCAUCUCCAUAUUCAUGGGGGACAUAUGCUAACUGGUCUGUUUUGGUUAUUCUACAGUGAGGGUACUGUAUAUGAAGCAGGUAUGUAACACACCUAAAUUGUUUGAGAAGAAGCACAGUGCAUAUAGAAGGAAUAUCUCAUAUAUAUCAUUCAGAAUCCCAUCUGUGGCACAUGUCCUGUACAUCAUUGACAGCAAGGCCAGUGUGAAGGCCAGCAUCAUAGGACAUGUUUGAUCUAUUCUGCUUCUUCCAGUUUUAUAUUUUUAUUUGACCAGCUCUGUAAUCCUGAAAUUUUGUCUUUCAUUAACAAAAAUAAUAAUGUAAACUUUGUAUACUUUAAAUAUCCUGUCGAUAAUUACUGUGCCAUUGUAGUGAAAUUGAACAGUAAUGAUCUCCUUUCUACAGUCCUCCCCGUUUAUGUCGACCCUGCAUAAAUCGAUAUCUUUCUUAAUUUGACCACUAAAUAAAGUUCCACUCCAUUCUUCUAUUUGCCUAUUCUAUUUUACCAUUUUAUCUUGAUAUUGACAUAAAGGGUUACCCUGAUAAGUUGACCAUCAGUCUUUGUUCUGCCCUUAUGUCACCAAUUGAAAAAGCUCCAUAAAUCUCAGCAUCUUUUUUUCAACUUUUCUCACAUGUGGCAGAACAAAGACUUAUCAGGGUAACCCUUUAUGUCAAUAU